GUGUACUCAUACUCUGCAUGAACAUAUCAAGUCAACAACUAUCCCUCUGAUCAUAGCAGAGUCACUCUGGUUACUACAAUGCCAUCUUUACCUUCCUCUUUCUUCAAAAUGGUUCCUCUCUUCUCUCUUCUUUUAUUCUCACUCAUGAUUCGUUGUAGUACUUCUCUGGGUCCACCUUCACCUGGGUACUACCCUAGUUCCAAAAUCAGCCCUGUUAGCUUUAACGAGGGAUUUAGAAACCUUUGGGGACCUCAGCAUCAAAGACUAGACCAAGACACAUUAACAAUCUGGCUUGACAAAACCUCAGGGAGUGGAUUCAAGUCACUUCGCUCUUACCGAUCUGGAUACUUUGGUGCUGCUAUUAAGCUUCAACCUGGUUAUACUGCCGGAGUCAUAACAUGUUUAUACCUUUCAAACAACCAAGACUUCCCGGGAUACCAUGAUGAAAUAGACAUUGAGUUCCUUGGUACCACGCCAGAUAAGCCAUAUGUCUUGCAGACAAAUGUAUACAUGAGAGGAAGUGGAGAUGGGAAUAUUAUAGGGAGAGAGAUGAGGUUUCACCUUUGGUUCGACCCAACACAAGAUUUUCACAACUACGCUAUUCUGUGGGAACCCAGUGAGAUCAUAUUUUUAGUGGAUGAUGUCCCAAUAAGGAGGUAUCCUAGAAAGAGUGAUGCCACGUACCCCACGAGACAAAUGUAUGUGUAUGGAUCAAUAUGGGAUGCAUCUGACUGGGCUACAGAGGGUGGAAAAUACAAAGCUGACUAUAAAUACCAACCCUUCAUUGGUAGAUACAGAAACUUCAAAAUACAAGGUUGUGCCCUUGAAGCCCCCACCUCAUGCAAGCCACCGUCUCCCUCACCAUAUGGCUAUGGAAGCUUAAGCCCUCAGCAAUAUGCUGCAAUGCAAUGGGUCCAAAACAACUACAUGGUCUAUGACUAUUGCCAUGAUCCUAGGAGAGACCAUACACUUACUCCAGAAUGCUAAAGUUCAAGUGGUUUGGUUCAAGUUGGUUUGUUUCAAAUUAAGUUAUUUUUUACUUUUCACCUGUUAAUGUCACCAUAACAGUUUGUUUAUUUAUGGGGUGGUUUUUGUGAUGGUCCCACUUGCUAAGGCUAAGUGUAAUUGCAACAACAGUGAGCGUCCAAGCCCCCCCUUAAAAAAGAUGGGUAUGUUUUCGUUGUUUAUUAUGUGAUUGUGUAGUACCCCACAAAAGAUUGGGAUGUUUUUGUUGUUUAUGUAACUGUGAUAUGAUUUACUAUUAUUUUAGUCCUUUUCCUAUUGAAAUAAAUCCAUUUGGAUGGUUUCCUAAUUUGUGUUUAGGUGCAAGAAAUGAGAAAACGGGCCUUUGUCCCUCUGAAAGUAAGCCGUUGGAAA